AUGCAGGAAGAGAUAGAAAUGAAGAGUGAGGGCGCUGUGCGAUCAUGGCCAGUAGGAAGUUGGAAUGGGGGCUAUCAGAGCGCUACAAUGCGCGAGAAGCAACAAUUAGAGCGAUAUCUCAACUUUUUCUCCUCCGUUGCCUUUUCCGCCUGUCUACUUGCUACAUGGGAAUCUGCCGGUGGUAGUUUGCUCUCAGGCUUAUACAACGGUGGCCCCGCAGCGAUUGUCUAUGGCAUCAUAUUGAGCACCAUCGGCAACCUGGCUAUCGCAUGCUCUCUGGCCGAGCUUGCUUCUCUACACCCCACUGCCGGUGCUCAAUAUCACUGGAGUUACUUCCUCGCACCUCGCGGUCGUCGAUUUAUUAGUUUUUUCCAGGGCUGGGUGACCGUCUUCUCAUGGUCUGCUCUCGUGUGCAUCGCCCCAUAUUUCAUCGGAACCCAAAUCCAGGGAAUGGUUGUGCUGGCGCAUCCUGAUUAUGAGCUUGUCAGAUGGCGCGGUACGCUGCUUAUGUGGGCAGUUGCGAUCAUUCCGAUCAUUAUCAAUAUCUUCGCGCGUCGUGUUCUGGGGGCUAUUGAAGUCGCUGCGGGAAUCAUGCACGUUGUCUUCUUGCCCGUCACCAUUGCAGUCUUCGUUAUUCUCGCUCCGCGAAACCCAGACUCGUUUGUAUGGAACACCUUUGUCGGCGGCCUGAGUGGCUGGAAGGAUUCGGGGGUUGUAUUCUCCAUCGGUCUUCUUGGUGUCAUUACUCCCCUAGCCGGCGUCGAUGGUGUCAUCCACAUGGCCGAAGAAGUCAAAAACGCCAAAGUCGUCGUCCCCCGCUCCAUGAUCUAUGGCACCCUGAUCAAUGGCACUCUUGCCUUCGCCUACCUCAUCGCAGUCCUCUACUGCAUGGGCGACUACACCGAAGCCGUCCUCAGCCCCACCGGCUACCCCAUCAUCACAAUCGCCUACCAAGCCACCGGCUCAAAAGCCGCAACCUUCGUACUGAUGGCGAUGGGCAUGCUGCCCGGCUGGAUCGCCCUCUUCAACGGUCUCGCCUCCGUAACCCGCCUGACCUGGGCAUUCGCGCGCGAUAACGGCCUCCCCUUCUCCGACUUCUUCGCGCGCGUCGACCCAACCUACAAAAUCCCCCUCCGCGCUCUCUUCCUCGUCGUCUCGUGCAUCUUCGCCCUCUCCUUUAUCCAAAUCGGCUCCACGGCUGCAUUCAAUGCAAUCCUCUCUCUCAGCACCCUGGGCCUCUACAUUUCCUACCUGAUCCCCCUCAUCCUCCUCGUGUUCAAGCGCUUCGUCGCGCCCCAGGAUAUCCCACAGGGCACCUUUACGCUAGGCAAAUGGGGUCUCCCCAUGAACUUGCUUGCCAUUCUCUUCGCUACAUAUUUUGUUAUCUUUCUGCCGUUUCCGUCGACCCUGCCGGUUACAGCGGAGAAUAUGAAUUAUGCGGGGCCCGUCCUGGGCUUUGUUAUGUUGUUUGCUUGUGGGGAUUGGAUUGUACGGGGCCGGCAUAAGUGGGAAGGGCCGACUAUGCGGCCGUAUGCGAGGGACGAGUAG